AUUCUUGACCAGAAGUGCGGCUUCGCUCGCCAGAAUUUACGGACUCCAACAAGACGAGGGCCAUCGACAAGAGGCUACUGGGAAUAUAGAUCACACAUGCAGUUUUCGACAACCUCUUCCACGUUGCUGUGCAGAUAGUACCUAGAAAUAUCAAAGUGAAAACCAUGGCGCGCCCCGGCAUGUUCAUCGCCCUGAUCGUCGUAUUCCUAACAUUGAUCUCCUCGUCGACGACGGAGUUCGUCUUCGAAGAUGUCUUCAAUGAUCCGGAACGCGACACCUUUCUCCACGGAACCUUCCCCGAGGGAUUUAUCUGGGGUGUUGGUACGUCAGCCUAUCAGAUAGAGGGAGCUUGGAGUGAGGAUGGAAAGGGGCCAAAUAUCUGGGACGUUUUCACUCACAUCCCUGGAAAGACAUAUGACAACCAGAAUGGCGACAUCGCCUGCGAUAGCUAUCAUAACUUUGAACGCGACGUCGAAAUGAUGAAGGAGCUCGGUCUGACGCACUAUCGGUUCUCUCUCUCCUGGUCAAGAAUAUUCCCGACUGGGUUCACUCAUCAGGUGAAUCCCGCAGGGGUGCAGUACUACCACCGUUUGAUUGAUUCCCUCCUGGAAGCUGGUAUCCAACCCGCUGUUACCCUCUAUCAUUUCGAUCAUCCUCAGAUGUUAGAAGAACUCGGUGGAUGGGAAAAUGAGAUGAUGGUCCCCUACUUUCAGGCGUAUGCCGACUUUUGUUUCAAUGAGUUCGGCGAUAAGGUGAAGAUUUGGCUUACAAUCAACGAGCCCGAAGUGAUCGCUAUCCAGGGGUACGAGGCAGGCUUAUUCGCACCGGGAAAGACGCGCCCGGGCUACGGAGCCUACCGCGUCGGACAUACCAUGCUCAAGGCGCACGCGCGUGCGUGGCACACGUACGAUCAGAAGUACCGCGCAACACAGGGCGGGAAAAUUUCUAUCGUCUUCAACUCGUUCUGGACAGAGCCGGCCGACCCAGAGAAUCAGGCCGAUGUUGAUGCGGCGGAGAGGAUGAGGAUGUUUGAACUCGGCAACAUAGCGAAUCCAAUCUUUGGAAACGGAGACUAUCCGGAGCUCGUCAAGGCUGUGGUAGGGAACAUGAGUCGUGCUCAAGGUCUUACUGUAUCCCGUUUGCCUUCAUUCACUCCUGAAGAACAGCAGCUCAUGAAGGGUACAGCCGACUUCUUUAGUCUCAACCACUAUUCAACCAGAUUUGUUGCCUACAAGAAAGCUGAAUUCAACCCCGUACCUACUGUAUACGAUGAUUUCCAGGCGGAAUUCAUUUCCGAUCCAGUCUGGCCCCAAGCUGCCUCUGAAUGGCUGAAGGUUGUUCCAUGGGGUUUCCGUCGUCUUCUGAAUUGGAUCAAGACUAACUAUGGUGACGUACCCAUCUACGUCACAGAGAACGGUGUAUCUGAGCAAGACGGGCCCCUGAACCUGGAUGAUGAAUUUAGAACCAAGUACUACCGAUCAUAUAUCAAUGAAGCUCUCAAAGCCUCCAAAAUUGAUGGUGUCAACUUGCAGGGGUAUUUCGCUUGGUCUUUGCUCGACAACUUUGAAUGGGAGUAUGGAGUCAGCAAACGCUUCGGUUUGUACCACGUAGAUUUCAACGAUCCUGCGCGUACUCGACGCGCCAAAAAAUCGGCGCUCACCUACACCCAGAUCAUCAAGGAUAAUGGAUUUCCUUCUGAAGAACAGGCCAAAGUAGAAUUGUAAAAUUCAACAGUAUUUUUUUUUUUUUUAUAGUAAACUUGAUUAAAAUAGCUGGUAGGGUCCAUGCAAAUAUUUAGUCAUGUGUUCGGACAGGUUCGUUAUACCGACAGGCGAUUUCGGACGGUAAUUUGAAGAAGAUUGCACGCAAUAUUUUAAGAAUUAUUGAUGACAGCGUUAUAAAGGACACAUAUUCAUGGGUCAUGGUGGUUAGUGCUAUUUCAUGAAUCUUUUUCGUUAGAUCCAAAGGUAAAAGACUAAUUUCAAUUUCAAUUCUGGUUUUAUUGUAAAUAAAAACAUACUGAAUAAAAAGUCUGGAGACUCAUACAAUUCAGUUUACAAAUUAUAAAUACAUACAAGAAUAAAGAAAUCAAUACUUUUAGCAAUCUUUUUUAUAUUAAUUACUGAUUCUAAUGAACUAAACAACUAAUUUCAAACAAUCUUGAAAUAAUACAUGUUCUAAUUAUGCAGUUGUAACGUUUAAAUAGUAAAAUAUGUUGUUACCCUUUUCUAAAUGUCAUAUGCAAUUAAGUAAUACACUUUCAAAUUAAUAAGUAGUCUUUUUUAACCUAGUUGACAUUUCUUUUAGAAAUAUAUUUUUAUAUACCGGUAGAUGAUUUUCCGAGAGAUAUGAUAAUACAAAAUAUACAAUUUAUGUUUACUUACAGAAUAUAGUCCUAUCAUUAUACAGGUACUAUGAAAUAUUAUUUAAUCCCAUUAAAUGGCAUGACAAGAAAUUAAUAAAUUACAUCUUAGUCACAUAUAGUCAUUAUAUUGAGUGAAAAUAUCUACAGAUUUGAAUUCAGGAUUCGUGUGAAGUGGGGAAUGGGAGACUGUCUGUAACGCUCUGUUCUCAUUUUGGGGGUAUUGAGCUGGAGAGAGUUGCGGAGAGUGCGUUGUGAGAUAGUUUGUCUAGUUUCAGGUAAGAGAUGGCGGUGGCGGUCUGAGAUCAUUAGGGAUUUAGCAAACUUUUCGCAAAGAACAGAGCGUCGUUCAGACAGUCUGACAACACUCAGCGACUGCAGAAGUUGAGCAUAAGACAUGGUGUCGGGAAAUGUACCAGUGAUGAUACCCAAUGCUCUCCUCUGCAGUCGCUCAAUGCUGUUUACUUGGACAACAGUUAAACUAGAUGACCAAACAGGUACACCAAAUUCAAGACACGGACGAAUGUACAUCAUGUAUAUCAAUACCAAGUCCCGAGUGUUGACACCGUUCCUUUUAAGUUUGCUCAGUACAUAUAGUUUUCGUGAUGCGUUUUUGACGAUGGUUUUGAUGUGUAGAUCCCAUUUAAGAUUAUCUUGGGUUGUUAUACCAAGUAAUUUCAUAUAAUUUGAUUUUGUUGGUGAAGUGCCCGAACACAUACAAAAGGGAAGAGGUGAAUGUGCACAUAAAACUACAACCUACCCCAAUCCAUCUGACAUUAUCAUUCUCUGACAUCUUAUCAAACUAUUCGGAUCUCCCCCUUCCUCAGAGCAUUAAAUCUAUGCCCCCUCAAUGGCUGGACGCGCGCUAUAUAAUUAUGUUCCUACUUUGUAUAUGAUCAGUGGUGAAUCGACUGUUAAGGUUCGUUCAGAUAUGACGGGGAAAUACUGCAAUACCCUUUCCAUUUCUGAAUGUACAAUAGUACAAAGCUUAGCCUUGGUUGCGGGCGGUUGCCCUACAUUUAACAUGAUAUAAAUCGCGGAGGUUUGUACAGCGCCAUAUCUGAACAAGCCUCCAUUAUGAUUUCCUUUUCUCACAUUGCUUGACUUUCAAACGAUACAAAUAAAGCAUGGGCAAAAGUCAA